UAGCCGACCGACGCUCACCGUCGAGACGUUGCGCUCGCAACAGGUAGCCCAGUGCAUGUGCGCGACGAUAUAUAUCGCUAUUCUAUAAUUUAGCGCGUUAAAAAUUCGCACGAAAACGAGUGAAAUUGUAAGUUUGUGGACUUGAAAAUGCACCAAGUUUUAUUUAUCGUCCAAGUUGAAUUUUGUACAGAUCUCGUGUAAAGUUUAUGUAGUCGGCGUACCUAUGAAGCUGUCAAUGCCUACCACGACGAUGUUUUCGAAAUUUAAGAGCGGGGGCGGCGCACAAAGCCCCCUUGAAACCAAUCCAAUUGGACAGUUUUUCGAAAUUGGAAAACAAACGGCGAGUGCAGGACCGGAAUUGGUGUGGAGAAUCCAUGAUGCCUAUAGGAAAAGCGACGGAAAGGAAUGUUCGGUUUUCCUGUUUGAGAAACGCUGCGCCGAAAAGCUCCACAAGCCGAAACGCAAGGAAACAGUGACCGAAAUCCUUCGAAGUUCCGUCAGACAAUUGGAAAGAUUUCGACAUCCGAAAAUUCUGCACGUUCUUCACCCAAUUGAAGAAUGUGCAGACACAUUGGCAUUUGCCUCCGAACCGGUGUUUGCAAGUUUGGCUAAUAUAUUGGCGCACCAGGAAGGAAGUGCCAAUCAUGGGGGAAUUACCGCCACAGGGGCUUCCCAGCAACCCGCCGUGAGGCCCACACAUGCCAGAGAGUAUAACUUUUUGGACAUCGAGUAUAAAUACGGAAUAUUGCAGAUAACAGAAGCUUUAUCGUUUCUGCAUUACUCGGGGCAUGUGUUGCAUCGAAAUGUGUGUCCGGCGAGUAUUCUAGUGACGAAAAAAGGCACAUGGAAGUUGGCAGGACUGGAAUUCACAGAAAGGGUAAAUGACGUCGACGGCGUUGAACCGGUUCCUUGCCAGCCUUGGACCUCAAGACUCUCCAAAAUGGCACAACCGAACUUGGACUAUACGGCACCUGAAACACAGACGCAGUCAAUUUGUAGUAUACUCAGCGAUAUGUUUUCACUAGGAAUGGUAAUAUGUGCAAUAUUUAAUCAUGGCAGACCACUUAUUCAAGCUGGAAAUUCUAGUUCAGCGUAUCUUAAGCAACUAGAGCUGUUGGAAGAUCAAGUACACAAUAUUAUGCCUAGAAUCCCGUUACCGCUUCAAGAGGCUACAGUCAGGCUAUUAAGCAAAGACACUAGACAACGACCCACGGCGCAGCUUCUCACAUUAAUUAAAUAUUUCAGUGAUCCUGCGGUGCACGCGCUUCAAUUUCUCGAUGUCAUCAAUAUGAAGGACCCCACGCAAAAGGCGCAUUUCUAUCGCAAUACUCUGAAAGAAGCUUUACCUUUCGUACCAAAGAAAUUGUGGUAUCAACAUGUGUGGCCUUCGCUUCAGCAGGAAAUGAGAUCGCAAGAGGUUCUAGCCGCUGUGCUCCAACCAGUGCUCUAUUUAAUUCAAGACUCGACUAUAGAAGAAUACGAGUCCAUUAUUCUUCCGUCCUUUAGGGGGGUGUUUUCAGCUCCGAAAACGGUACAAGCCACCGUCACACUUCUUGAAAAUUUGCACAUAAUAUUAGAGAAAACCCCGCGAGACGAUAUUCGCACUGAAGUGCUGCCAAUGUUAUACAAUGCCUUCGAAAGCACGACGAUACAAGUUCAGAGUGCUGCCUUGGUGGCAGUAACAAACGUUUCAGAAUAUUUAGACGAAACAGCAAUCAGACGUAUGAUACUGCCAAAAACAAAAAUGAUCUACGAAAAAAAUCAAACCGAUUUGAAAAUCGUUUCGAAUGUUUUGUCGUGCGUCGAGAGGACGUUGGAUCGACUGGACAAAAGCCAAAUCAUCGACGAGGUUUUACCGCUUUUGUACGACAUACGAUUAUCGGAUCCGCAAAUAACGCUAAGGGUCGUAAACAUCUACCGGUUAAUGCUCAGCGACAAGAAAUACGGAUUAUCCGUGAAUUUAAUGGCAACCAAAGUAAUGCCUUCGUUGUUGCCCCAAACGGUAAACCCCUCCUUAAACCUGGAGCAAUUUACGAUCCUCCUCGAGGUGUUACAAGAAAUGCUGGACCAAAUUGACCGGAACCAACGCAAUAAACUGAAACUCGAUAAUCUCUCAUUGCCGAGUCCGGAGCGUCACCGGCCAUUACGCCACCAAUACUCCUCCGAUAAUAUGCACGUACCCCCAUUCAACAUCCCCAAUUUGCGAAUAGAGCAACGCAAAACGUCAAGUGCCGAAGACAUGGCUCGAAAAAACUCCACAGGUUGGUUAUUUUCAACAAGUUUUGAAGUUUUAAUUUGGGGUUUGAUAGGUGGAAUGUUGGGUGGUUGGUGGUUUGGAGGGUCACCUUCAUCUCCCGACAGCAACUUCCUGCGGGUGGUUAACGCCUUCCCCAACAGAAGACUCUCGGAUAACACACUUAUGACACCGAAAAUACGCAUCGCGCCGUCGUGUGCCUCCUCGCCGGGAGGCACUCCAGGAGGGGGAUUGCCCAUCAGGAGGCAUUCGAGUAUUGGACCACAGGAGAGGAGAGGAUCUACGGUUAAUCUGUCACCACCAACGGGCGCUAUAGGGUACAGCUCUGUGUCCCGUGAGGGCUCGAGCCUAUCGGUGCCAUCCACCUAUCUUGCACGGAGCAUGAUAGGAGGCUCGAUGCCCAACACGAGCAGCAGCGUCCCGUUCCUGCUCAGCAGUAGCAUGCAGAGCAUCCGUUCCAGACGGCCGUCGGCGGUGUUGGGCGGCUCGCAGGGCUCAGGGCUGUUGCAGCAGCUCGGCUCUGGCAUGUACCAGCUAUUUGCCGGACGUCAAUAAGCAUCCCCACGCUGAUGAUUCGAGCUCGAUUUUAUUUUUUUUUAUUUUUUGUGAAGACCGGAAGUGGCAAUCCGAGCGACAAUCACAGGCGACCGCACAAAAUCCAGACAUGUUUAAUUGUUGUGUGUGUCCAUUGAAGUGUUUCUUAACUCUCUCCAUCGUCCGAUAACUAUCUCACUGCAAUAUUUAUCUCGAGAGGCGUUUCAACAGUCAAAUGAACUGGAGGCAAUCGUGCGAAGGAACUGUCCAAGUGUCUCAACGAGAUUUUUUCCAUUUUUACUUUCCUUAUCCUGUAUCUUGAGAACGAUAAGAGCUAGAAACUUAAAAUUUGGUAUAUUGCAAGGGGGACGUAGCACGAAACAAAUGGUAAAAAUCGGUCGCACCGUUCGAUCGCAAAAAUAUACCUUAUUAAACAGUAAAUUGUGAUAAAAUAAUAAUAAUAAUAAUACCGGGUGAUACCCGCGACAACUAUGAUCCAUUUCGCGUGUAAUCCGUCAGAUGGCACUAACGCAAAGGUUAGUCGUCGUUAUUAGGAUGUUUUCCAAAUAAGUAGGAUAAGGAAAGUCGUGUGAUGUUCACACCAGAUUUUUUUCAUCAUCUUACUCGACUUUCAUGAUUAGCAAUAACUCCAAGACUGGCCAAAAAUUAUUUUCUUUUAAAGAAAAAGUGGGAUAUGGUCCAGUUUUGGUCCGAAAUUGGAGUCAACGUAGCGUUCAUUUGACUGAGAGUAAAUCUGGCGAUGGCGUGUAACCGUGCACAGUGUUGUUCCAUUGGAAAGCGACCUUUCGCAUGCCUGCGACUCUGUGCCCUUCUAGCCUUGUAAAAAUACACCCUCGACAAUCGUCUAAAAAUAUACAAUUUCAUAUUUUUCAUAUGCAUAUUUCGUGAAUCUCCUCUGUGUGUGUUUGUGCAUGUAAUCGUAUUUGUGUGACUUUAAAAGCUCGUCUGACGAGUGUUAUUCAUGACACCAAUGCAAAAUUAGAUUGAGAAAUAUUUUAGAAAGCUUCAUGUGUUCGCUAAUUCGCAAAACUAGCAAAUUGGAUAACUGUUUCAUCGGAUGAUAAUUCAUUUCUUCUUGAGUAAUUUGUUAUUAAAACAACUCAACUGGAAAAUCACUCGCAAAAUAGAUGGGCGAAGUUAUAUCAGCGCAACUUGUUAAUUUUCCUACUAAUUUAGCUUCAGGUCAAGUGGAUCAAUUUCGAACGCACACAAACAUACUCCCUCAUAACACUACUGCCAAAAAGUGCUUACACUUCUACAUAUCACCAAAAUAAAAUCUAAUAAGUAGAAAGUUUAGUCCUGAUAUCCCAGUUUUAAUAACUACGAUGGACAUGUGCUGUUUUAGACGUAGCUUCUCGAAUCUCUAGAAAUCAAUAUACAAAUGUUUAUUUUUAACUCGCCAUACCCUUAACAUUUCCUACACCUACACCUCGCACUUUUUGCACCGAAUCGCAGAAAUAUUUCACACUUUUUCAAUCUUGCUCAAAUUUUGUAUACGAAAAAAAAAUAGGGGAAUAAAUAAGUAAUAAUAACCAAAUAAUAAAGAAAAGCAAGGCUGAAAAACAAGUAUGUGACUGUUAACACAAUAAAAACAUAUCAUUUACAAUAAUUUUAACACUUAAUAAAUGUCAAUUAAAAACGAACUUGUUUCUGCCUACUCUAGGCCUAAUUUAUUAUUUUAAAAUUUUCCAUUUUUUACACUCAAACAAAAAUGAAAGGUCAAUAUUUAGAACUUCCCCUCUGUCCGUUUUCGAAUUAACUGCGGUGAAAGGCAAAUACCCAAAUCCCUAAUUUGCGUAUCCACCAGAGAAAUUUGAUAUUGUCAUUUCCGCUUAUUUAAAUGAAUUUUAGAAGACCAAUUUCCGAUGCAACAAUCCGGUGCAAUUGGCAAAUGGUAAUUUUUUCGUUGGUAAAAGCAAGUGCCCAGGAAACUAGGUGAUAAGUAGAUACGUGUUUUCCUUACGGUACUUAAAUGUACAUAGAGUUGUGAUUCUGAUAAUUUAUUUUUUUACAUGAUUGAGAACACCUUUAGUGAUAAUAAAAAAGUGGCGAAAAUAUUUCUCCAUCUAAGAAAACGAUGAACAUGAUAUGUAGGUAGCAUUUAAAUGAAUAUUUUUCUUUAUAUCGUGUCAUUGUCAUUGUUCCUGCUGUGAUUCCCUGUCGGAUUAGCUUGUUGUAUCCCUCCGAUGGUUGUGCCAUUUGCUCAAUGUUGUCGAUCAGAGAGUUCGGUUCUUUUCGGCGGUGUCGAAAACGGCCGAAUUCCUCUGCAUUAUUCAUAUUUAAAAUUUGUUUAUUUAUGUAAAUAGGAGAGUGUAUAGCGUUUUCGAAUUUAUCAAUCAAUAUUCCAUGUUUACCAUUCGACAAUCUGUAUAAUGCACAAUUAUGAAAUCAUCUUUAACUAUAUAUAAAAUGUCAAUACACACUAAAUGUAUGAAAUGCCAAUUCUCGACUGUUCAUAUCAACUUAAUUACUACAUAUUUGUAAAUUAAACAUUUUCUUAUAACUUUCGGUGUAAAUAGUUCGGAUAUAGCUCUAAUGUGUGUUGACUCUGUAGGUCAGAAAUACAAUCAAAACAGAAAGUACAAAACAUAAAGAUUGUAAAGGCAGACAAGGAUUCAACACUUGAAACUUUCUCUGUCUUGCCAUAUCAACUGUUUCAAUAAUGUGACAGAAAUGUUAAAGCAGAGGCAAUGAGAGAUUAUUAAAAUGUGA